AUUGAUUCGAGGCAGCAUGGCUGAGACAUUGUACCACCGUGGGAGCCUCGAGGGCCACGCUGGCUGGGUGACGUCCAUCGCCACGCCCCUAGAUCCCAACUCAGACACCAUCCUUUCCUCUUCUAGGGACAAGACCAUUCUGGUGUGGACCUUGACUCGUGAGGAGGGCAACUAUGGAUUUGCUAAGCGGUCGCUGAAGGGGCACUCGCACUUUGUGGAGGAUGUGGUCAUCUCCUCUGACGGCCAGUUUGCUCUGUCUGGCUCCUGGGAUGGCACUCUGCGUCUCUGGGACUUGAGCACUGGACAGACCACUCGCCGUUUCCUGGGACACAGCAAGGAUGUCCUGUCCGUUGCAUUCUCGAUGGACAACCGACAGAUCGUGUCUGGCUCGCGCGACAAGACCAUCAAGCUGUGGAACACCAUUGGCGAGUGCAAGUACACUAUUGCCGAGCCGGAUGGCCACACUGAGUGGGUGUCCUGCGUGCGCUUCUCCCCCGUCACCAACAACCCCAUCAUUGUCUCCGCUGGCUGGGACAAGCUGGUCAAGGUGUGGAACUUGACGAACUGCAAACUCAGAGCCAACCUGCAGGGCCACAGCGGCUACAUCAACACAGUCACCGUUUCCCCCGAUGGCUCCCUGUGCGCGUCCGGCGGCAAGGAUGGCGUGGCGAUGCUGUGGGAUCUGGCUGAGGGCAAGCGGCUGUACAACCUGGAGGCAGGCGAGAUCAUCCACGCGCUGUGCUUCUCCCCCAACCGCUACUGGCUUUGCGCCGCCACCACAAACUGCAUCAAGAUCUGGGACUUGGAGAGCAAGAGCAUUGUGGACGAGCUCAAGCCGGACUUUGGCGAGCUUGGAAAGAAGGCGCAGGUGCCCUACUGCGUGUCCCUGGCCUGGUCGGCUGACGGCGCCACUCUGUACUCUGGCUACACCAACGGCAAAAUCGAGGUCUGGGGCGUGCGCAACGUCUGAGAGCUGCCGGCUUGCUUGAGGUUGUGUUUGCAACGGCUAGCUGCCAGCCUGCCGCAGCAGAGAUUGCAUCUUCUGUAUGAUUACCUGGCUGUUUGGAAGUCUUGGCAGCUUGUAUUGCCAGCAGAUUUUGCUUUUUUCUGCUUCUGCAGAUUCUGUAGUAUCACAUCGUCUGUAAUAGGUUGAGACGUGA